GCGCCAAAGUUUCGAGCUUGAGGGUUCAGGGAAGCGGCUUGUUGUUGUUGUUGGGACUCGGGGGCUUUGGUGUGAGGGAGAGUCCGGGUACGGGGUUUAUCAGCCACACACCAUGUUCGUGUCGGAUUUCCGGAAGGAAUUUUAUGAUGUGAUAGUAAAUCAGAGGGUAUUAUUACUUGUUGCCUCAGAUGUUGAUGCAUUGUGUGCCUGCAAAAUCCUUCAGGCCCUUUUCCAGUGUGACCACGUUCUGUACACAUUGGUUCCAGUGGCAGGGUGGCAAGACCUGGAGACAGCAUUCCUUGAGCACAAAGACCAGUUCAAGCACCUUGUGUUAAUUAAUUGUGGUGCUAAUCUGGAUCUCUUGGAGACACUGCAACCUGAUGAGGAUACUGUCUUCUAUGUCUGUGAUACCCAUAGACCCAUUGAUAUCGUUAAUGUCUAUAAUGACACACAGGUUAAACUGCUGAUUAAACAGGACGACGACCUUGGUGUUCCAUCAUAUGAUGACCUCUUCAGGGAUGAAGAUGAUGAGAAUUCAGUGGAUUCUGGAAAUGAAAGUGAAGGGUCAGAGCCUUCUGGAAAGCGCAAGCGAUUCGAUGAGGUAGCAAUGGAGAGGAGAAUAGAUCGAAGACGUCAACGGCGAGAAUGGGAGGAUCACAGGAGGGAGAUUUUGUUUGAAUAUGAACAAUAUGAAUACCAUGGAACUUCAUCUGCCAUGGUGAUAUUUGAGCUGGCCUGGAUCAUGUCUAAGGAUUCAAAUGAUAUGUUGUGGUGGGCUAUUAUUGGCUUGACGGAUCAGUGGGUUCAUGACAAAAUCACCCACAUAAAGUACGUGACCGACGUUGGCACUGUGCAGCGUCAUGUCUCGCGCCACAACCAUCGCAAUGAGGACGAGGAGAACACACUUUCUAUUGACUGCAUGAGGAUCUCCUUUGACUAUGACCUACGCCUGGCCCUGUAUCAGCAUUGGUCACUGUAUGAAAGUAUGUGCAACUCCAGCUACACCUGUGCAAAUCUCAAACUGUGGUCCAUGCAAGGUCUGAAGAGGCUGCAGGAAUUUCUUGCAGACAUGGGGCUCCCUCUGAAACAGGUCAGGCAGAAGUUUAACUCCAUGGACAUCUCACUGAAGGAGAAUUUACGGGAAAUGAUUGAGGAAUCGGCUAAUAAGUUUGGAAUGAAGGAUAUCCGAGUGCAGACUUUCAGUGUACAUUUUGGGUUUAAGAACAAGUUCCUUGCCAGUGACGUCGUUUAUUCAGCAGCUUCUCUGCUUGAGAACAUAGAAAAAGAUGAUGGGAAUGAAAACUUCAUUGAAGCCUUAGACAGUCUUUCCAGAAGUAACCUGGAUAAACUACAACAGGGUCUGGAACUAGCCAAGCAGCAGCUCCGAGUGAUUCACCAAACAGUUGCUAGCUGCAUUUGCACCAACCUCAUCAUUUCGCAAGGACCCUUUCUAUACUGUUAUUUACAGGAGGGAACCCCAGAUGUGAAGAUCUAUUCAAAACCCAUUUGUAUGAAACUUCUGUGCAAACACCUGCUGAAGUGCUUUGUCCGCUCGACCAAGAACAAACGGUGUAAGGUGCUCCCGCUGGUCAUUGCAGCACCGAUGGACCUGGAGAAAGGAACCGUGAUAGUGAUUGGAAUUCCACCAGAAAGCGAAAGCUCAGACAAAAAGAAUUUCUUUGGCAAGGCAUUUGAGAAGGCAGCAGAAAGUACCAGCUCUCGGACUCUGUAUGAUCACUUUGAUACUUCCAUAAUUGAACUGAAAACUGAGGAUCGUAGCAAAUUUCUGGAUGCACUGAUCUCUUUGCUAUCAUAAAGGAGCAUGCCUAAUGAUUUUUGACUCUGGAAGAAGAAACAAGAUUGUUCUUUUGUUGUAUUUAGUUUUGCAUUGUGUAAAAUGUAUAAAUUAUCUCCCUGUCAUGUUGGUUUUUACUGACUUUUUUAUAUCAAGUAUUGAUUGUAAAUUAUAUAAUAUUGUAGGGGUGCAAUUUGCCUGAUUUUACUGCCAUAAAUGUUAAAUAAAAUCAGUACCAAUUUUA